AAGGCAACACGUACAUAGUUCGGUUGGUGGAGAUACAGCUAGGAUCCAUCAUCUAUCUAUCAUCAACACCGUCCAAUCGAAAACGACACUCACAUUCACAUUCACAUUCACAUUCAUAUACCCUGAAAAAAAUUGGCUGCUAACAUAUCAUAUCUCACCCAUUUCCAUAUAUAUCCCUUCCUUCACUAAAACACCAAUCCUUCAUAUAAUUCUUCACUGAAAUCACAAACCCUUUGUAAAGUAAGCUGCUUUCCACUACAAAUAAACAUUAGGAAGACACACAGAAAGUGGGUUUUUUGGAUUCUUGUUUGUUUAAUGGGUUUCUGGUCAGAUUUCAAUAUUUUUUUAUAAACCCUUUGUUCUUCUCUCUCCUCUCGUGUAGGAUAAUCACAAAACAGAGCGAGAAAGAAGAGAGAGAGAGAGAGGGUUUGGAAAGAUUGAAGGUGUUGUUUGUCUUCAUUUGCUCUGUUCUUUUUUCAUCUUUUUCCGUUAGAAAUCCCACAUCUGUAAGAUUCAUUGCCACAUGGUGAAAUGCUCUUGCCACAAUUUGAAUCUUUUUCACUAUUAAACAACACCCAUCUGCUUCAAUUUCACAAUUCCCAUCUCAAUUUCUUCAAUUUUCAAUCAUGGAUAUUAGGGUUUUGGAGCUUACUGCAACUGGGUUCAAUCUCACUUUCCUCUUACUCUCCUUCUUGAUCCUGUUCGCCAAAAAGAUCACUCUUUACGUCAAUCAAAACACUGUUAGAAAAGAAGAUACCGAUGACAACAGAACAACUAGGGUUCCUGUAGGAUCUGAGUUUCUGAAUGUUGAAAUUGGUAAACUUUAUAAAGCAUCAGUUUAUUCUUCUUUUUAUGUGCUUUUGAUACAAACUGUUGUCUUGUGUUACGACGUCGUUUGUUUGAUUACUAAAUGGGAAAAGGGUGUGAGUUUUGAGCCUCUGUUGUUGCCUGCUUCACAGGUUUUAGCAUGGUUUGUGUUGAGUUUUUCUGUUCUUGAUUGUAAGGCUAAAACCCUAGAAAAGUUCCCAUUGUUGAUAAGGGUAUGGUGGGUUGGAUCUUUUUUGAUUAAUUUGUGUACCCUUUAUCUCAUUGGGAAAGUGUUUGCUGUUGAAGGGUUGAAGUUGUUGAAAGUUGAUAGUGUUUUAGGUAAUCUUGCGGCCACACCGGCUUUAGGGUUUCUGUGUUUUCUUGGGUUUAGGGGUGAUAGUGGGAUUUGUAUAAUUAGGGGGUCGGGUCUUCAAGAACCGUUGUUGAUCGAGGAAGAAGAUGCAGGGUGUCUUAAAGUAACGCCGUAUAGUGAUGCCGGUCUGUUUAGUUUGGCAACACUAUCGUGGCUAAACUCUAUUCUUUCGACUGGCGCGAAACGACCUCUUGAGCUUCGAGACAUUCCGCUUCUUGCACCCGAAGAUCGUUCCAAGUUUAAUUACAAGAUUUUGAAUUCGAAUUGGGAACGAUUGAAGUCCGAAAAUCAGCCUUCGUUAGGUUGGGCUCUCGCAAGGUCGUUUUGGAAAGAAGCUGCGAAAAACGCGGUCUUCGCAGGAUCGUACACGCUCGUGUCGUAUGUGGGCCCGUAUAUGAUUACGGAUUUUGUCGAUUAUUUGGGCGGGAUCGAGCGUUACCCUCAUGAAGGGUACAUUCUUGCAGGCGUGUUUUUCGUAGCGAAGUUGAUAGAAACGUUAACCACCCGACAAUGGUAUCUAGGGGUUGAUAUUUUGGGAAUGCAUGUAAGAUCGGCUCUUACCGCCAUGGUUUAUCGAAAAGGUUUAAGACUCUCGAGUUCCGCUAGGCAAAGUCACACAAGUGGCGAAAUCGUAAAUUACAUGGCGGUUGACGUACAAAGGGUAGGUGAUUACGCAUGGUAUCUCCAUGACAUAUGGAUGUUACCGAUGCAAAUCAUUCUCGCUUUAGCGAUUCUUUACAAGAGUGUCGGGCUCGCGUGUAUUGCAACGUUAGUCGCCACUAUUUUAUCUAUAGUUAUAACAAUACCGUUAGCAAGAGUUCAAGAACUAUAUCAAGAUAAGUUAAUGGCUGCCAAAGAUGAUCGAAUGCGGAAAACUUCCGAGUGUCUUAGAAAUAUGAGGAUUUUGAAAUCACAAGCAUGGGAAGAUAGGUAUAAAGUACGAUUAGAAGAAAUGAGAAGUGUCGAGUUUAAAUGGCUCAAAAAGGCGUUAUAUUCACAAGCAUUUAUCACUUUCUUUUUUUGGAGCUCACCUAUCUUCGUGGCGGCGGUUACUUUCGGGACUUCAAUCUUGAUUGGCGGUCAACUUACAGCGGGAGGGGUGCUUUCGGCAUUAGCCACUUUUAGAAUCCUUCAAGAACCGUUAAGGAAUUUUCCCGAUUUGGUUUCGAUGAUGGCUCAAACGAAAGUUUCUCUUGAUAGAAUCACGGGUUUCCUACAAGAGGAAGAGUUGCAAGAAGAUGCGACGAUCGUGUUGCCACGCGGGAUGUCUGACGUGGCGAUUGAACUUAAAGACGGUGAGUUUCAGUGGGACCCGUGUUCUCCAAGGCCGACAUUGUCUAAUAUUCAAAUGAAAGUUGAAAGAGGGAUGCGUGUAGCGGUUUGUGGCAGCGUGGGGUCCGGGAAAUCGAGCUUUCUUUCUUGUAUUCUUGGUGAAAUCCCGAAAAUAUCCGGUGAAGUUCGAAUUUGUGGGUCGGCAGCUUACGUAUCGCAGUCCGCAUGGAUACAGUCCGGAAACAUUGAAGAAAAUAUUUUAUUCGGUAAUCCAAUGGAUAAGGCUAAAUACAAAAGAACGCUUCAAGCAUGUUCGUUGAAAAAAGAUUUGGAGCUUUUUUCACAUGGAGAUCAAACGAUUAUCGGUGAUCGCGGUAUAAACUUGAGCGGGGGCCAAAAACAACGGGUGCAGUUAGCAAGGGCUCUUUAUCAAGAUGCUGACAUCUAUCUACUUGAUGAUCCGUUUAGUGCUGUGGAUGCACACACUGGAUCAGAACUCUUUAAGGAAUACAUCAUGACGGCACUAGCAACUAAAACGGUCGUUUUUGUGACUCACCAAAUCGAGUUUUUGCCUGCUGCUGACUUGAUUCUGGUUCUUAAAGAAGGUCAAAUCAUUCAAGCCGGUAAAUACGACGAACUUCUGCAAGCAGGAACCGAUUUCAACACGUUAGUUUCCGCUCACCAUGAAGCAAUCGAAGCAAUGGAUAUUUAUAACCACUCAGACGACGAGUCAGAUGAUAACAACGAUUUGAUUAAAAACUGCGACUCAGUCGGAAGCAGUAUGAACACGACCACAAACGUCCCGAUCGAAAAAGAAUCGGUUUCAGGUCAAAAAGUCAUAAAAGAAAAAAAGAAAGCAAAACGUUCACGAAAAAAACAACUGGUCCAAGAAGAAGAAAGAGAACGUGGUAAAAUUAGCAUGAAAAUUUACCUAUCGUAUAUGGGUGCGGCGUAUAAGGGUUUAUUAGUACCGCUUAUUAUUAUCGCACAAACGUUAUUUCAAGGUCUUCAGAUUGCUAGUAAUUGGUGGAUGGCCUGGGCUAACCCGCAAACCGAAGGGGAUACGGCUCGGGUUAGUAAUUUUGUGCUGAUUGCGGUUUAUAUGGCACUUGCGUUUGGGAGCUCGUGGUUUAUAUUCGUUCGGGCGGUUUUAGUGGCUACGUUUGGUUUAGCUGCUGCGCAGAAACUGUUUGUGAAAAUGCUUUAUAAUGUUUUUCGGGCACCGAUGUCGUUCUUUGACUCUACUCCAGCAGGACGAAUACUGAAUCGGGUAUCGGUUGACCAAAGUGUUGUUGAUCUCGAUAUUCCUUUUAGACUCGGUGGAUUUGCUUCAACGACAAUCCAGCUUCUCGGUAUAGUUGGGGUAAUGACUCAAGUGACGUGGGAAGUGUUGCUUCUUAUUGUCCCGAUGGCGAUCACAUGCUUGUGGAUGCAGAAAUACUACAUGGCAUCGUCAAGGGAAUUGGUGCGAAUUGUUAGCAUCCAAAAAUCUCCGAUUAUUAAUCUUUUUGGGGAAUCGAUUGCUGGGGCAGCAACAAUUCGAGGUUUCGGGCAAGAAAAAAGGUUUAUGAAGAGGAAUCUUUAUCUUCUUGAUUGUUUCGCCCGCCCGUUUUUCUGUAGCAUUGCUGCUAUCGAAUGGCUUUGCUUACGCAUGGAGUUGUUAUCAACUUUUGUAUUUGCUUUCUGCCUGGUUUUAUUAGUGAGUUUCCCGCGUAAAGCUAUAGAUCCUAGUAUGGCGGGCCUGGCUGUAACAUAUGGUUUGCAAUUAAACGCUCGUUUAUCACGAUGGAUACUUAGCUUUUGCAAGCUUGAAAACAAGAUUAUUUCUAUAGAGAGGAUUCAUCAAUAUUGCCAUAUCCCGAGUGAAGCUCCACCCGUCAUUGAAAAUAACCGUCCCCCGCCCUCAUGGCCCGAGGAAGGAAAAAUUGAAAUUAUAGAUCUUAAGGUUCGUUAUAAGGAAAAUUUGCCUGUGGUACUCCGUGGUGUGACAUGUGAAUUCCCGGGAGGGAAGAAAAUCGGAAUUGUUGGACGUACCGGAAGUGGUAAAUCGACACUAAUUCAAGCGUUAUUUCGACUCAUUGAACCUGAAAGUGGCCGGAUUAUUAUAGAUAAUAUCGAUAUUUCAUCAAUUGGCCUACAUGAUCUACGUUCUCGACUCAGUAUUAUACCACAAGAUCCUACUUUAUUUGAAGGGACCAUUCGGGGCAACCUUGAUCCCCUUGAUGAGCAUUCAGAUCAAGAAAUUUGGGAGGCACUUGAUAAAUCUCAACUUGGAGAUACGGUUCGUGAGAAGGAGCAAGGGCUUGAUGCACCAGUUUUAGAAAACGGCGACAAUUGGAGUGUGGGCCAACGACAACUUGUUUCGCUUGGCAGGGCUUUACUGAAACAGGCCCGAAUCCUGGUUCUAGAUGAAGCAACGGCUUCGGUUGAUUCAGCAACUGAUAAUUUAAUCCAAAAGAUUAUUCGUCAAGAAUUCAAGGAUUGUACUGUGUGUACUAUUGCUCACCGUAUCCCUACUGUCAUCGAUAGUGAUCUGGUCCUCGUUCUUAGUGAUGGGCAAGUUGCGGAAUUUGAUUCUCCCACUCGACUAUUAGAAGACAGGUCAUCGAUGUUUUAUAAAUUGGUAAUGGAAUACUCGUCUAGAUCAAGUGGCAUCCCAGAUUUUUGAUACAAAUGGUGUGCCCGGAUACACACGUUAAUCAAGAACCGAAGAAGUAGGAUCAAACUGCAUGAAUCAAUCGAACUCAACCCUGCUUCUGUUUCUCGAGCUGUAUGUUGACCGAAAGUCAAAACUGGUGCGAAAGAGGGGUUCGUAACACGAUAAACGUGCCAAAAAGGUACAUGCUAGAGAGCAAAAGCUGUUAUAAUUGUGUGAUUCACAUGUUGUUGAAUGUUGACAUACUUUGUAACAUAAAUAAUCUGGAACCCUAAAGAAAGUCCUUAUUUUUUGGUAAUUAUUAGUGAAAAGAAGCAAUCAGGAACCA